CCGCACCCCAGGUGACCGGCCGGGCCGGCCUCCUCUGACUCUAGUAGUUUCCGUGCAGCUGACGCAUGCCUGCGCGCACAGCUGGGCCGGGAGCGUCCUACGCAGCAGCCGCGAGCCCGGCAGCGGGUGCCAGACGGUUCCCUGCGGGGUGCAGGGGCGGGGCGCCGCAGGGGCCCCAGGACUCCGGGCGGAGGAGCCCGCGGAGGCCCGCCUGACUGCUGACAAGUUGCCAUGGCAUCCUACUAUGAGAUCCUAGACGUGCCGCCCAGUGCCUCCGCGGAUGACAUCAAGAAGGCGUACCGGCGGAAGGCUCUUCAGUGGCACCCAGACAAGAACCCGGAUAAUAAAGAGUUUGCUGAGAAGAAGUUCAAGGAAGUGGCGGAGGCGUAUGAAGUGCUGUCAGACCAGCAUAAGCGAGAGAUCUAUGACCGCUAUGGCCGGGAAGGGCUGACUGGAGCAGGAACUGGCCCAUCUCGGGCGGAAGCUGGCAGCAGUGGGCCUGGCUUCACCUUCACCUUCCGCAGCCCCGAGGAGGUCUUCCGGGAGUUCUUCGGGACUGGGGACCCUUUUGCGGAGCUCUUUGAAGAACUGGGCCCCUUCUCAGAGCUUCAGAACCGGGGUUCCCGGCCUGCAGGCCCCUUCUUUGCCUUCUCUACCUCCUUCCCUGGACACACUGAAAUCUCCUCCUCGUCUUUCUCCUUCAGUCCUGGGGCUGGUGCUUUUCGCUCUGUCUCUACAUCCACCGCCUUUGUCCAGGGACACCGCAUCACGACACGCAGAAUCAUGGAGAACGGGCAGGAGCGGGUGGAAGUGGAGGAGGACGGGCAGCUGAAGUCAGUCUCGAUCAAUGGUAUCCCAGACGACCUGGCACUGGGUUUGGAGCUGAGCCGUCGGGAACAGCAACCGGCUGUCACCUCCAGAUCUGGGGGCGCUCAGGUGCAGCGGUCCCCUGCCUCACGCCCUUUUGACAGCAGCCUCUUGGAGGAGGAUGAGGACAUGCAGCUUGCCAUGGCCUACAGCCUGUCAGAGAUGGAGGCAGCUGGGAAGAAACCGGCAGAUGUGUUCUGAGCUGGAUGUCCAGGAUCCAGAGUCGAUGCACAGUUCCUACAGGACAGCGCCCUCCUCUGUGGGCUGGGAGGGGACUCUCCAUUCCUCUCCCUCACCUGUGCUGAGCAUAGAGCUGGGCCUGGGUGGUGGGUGGGGUCUGGGUGGGAGACGACAUCAGUAGUCUUAGCCUGUAAACUCUUCACUGGGUGUUUGGUGCUGUCUCUUGGAGACUACUAGUCCCAGAAUGCAACACACCCUGCCUCAUUUCUGAUAGAUUGUGCUUGGGGGAAGUGGUGUGUGGUUAUGGAGCUGUGCAUCUUGGGACAUGUAGUUCCACUCCAGGUCGGCCUGUCACUGGCUGUGAUGUGGGGAGAACUUAUCAUUUAAUAUGCCCCUAGCAGGGAUGGUGAAAAUGUGGAUGAAGGGGUAAUGGUCUGAGCUUCCAUUCCCCUGACACCUCUUGCUAGCAGCGGGGUUAGCGUGUAGAAAUCAAAGCCCUGUGGCAUCUGGGAGAGGCUCUUUUCUUGUGGACAGUACAGGGGUCUGAGGAACAGCUGGGACGGGGUCACUAAAAGCUGAUGGGUGUGGACCGGCAGAGAGCUUGAAGGGAAGGGCCCUCUGGGGUGUGUGUGUGUGUGCGCGUGUGGAUCUGGGAUUGGCAUGCGAUGGGAACUCCAGGCAUGUUGCUGCUUGUAUGGCUUCUAUGGCCUCUGACCCUGCUGACCAUUCUUUCCAACACCACAGCUGAGCUGCCUCUCCUCCUCCCUGCCUGGGGAGCCCCAUGGCCAGGGAGGGGAGCGGUGGAGCUGGGCUAUGCCAGACCCUGUGACAUUGUGUCUCAGAGACCUCUCAAAGCCAGCUGGGCUGAGCUCAGGCCAGAGGAAAACACUGGAAGUUGGUCAAUAAAGCUGAGUUUCGAGA